UGGAAAUUCUACGAUGCAGACGAUUAUCAUUCUCCAGAGAAUAAAAAGAAGAUGGCAGAAGGGAUACCACUAAAUGAUGAGGACAGGAUUCCCUGGCUCUGUGCAUUGCAUGACGUACUAAGGAGAGAAGACUCCUCUAGACAAGAUACAAUUCUGGCCUGUUCUGCACUGAAGAAGAUGUAUAGGCAUAUAUUAGUUAGUGGUGCAUCUGCAAUUGAAAGCAACCAGCCAGAGCAACCAGGAGAAAAGGCAGCACUGAAGAUCCUCUUUGUUCAUUUGGAUGGGCCUAUAGACAUCAUUGUUGGACGCCUGGAGAAGAGGAGAGGACAUUUUAUGCCACCUGAACUUCUCAAAUCUCAGUUAGAUACUCUGGAGCCUCCUCGUGCACCAGAAAACUUUAUUACUGUCAGUAUAGAAAAAUCUCUCCCUGAAAUAGUGCUGGAGAUUGAGUGUGCCAUUUUCCAGAGUGAGGCUAUUCUGGAGUAA